AUGGGCUCUUCAAGCCUGCUCGACCAGUACGGCGACGCCGUCAGCCAGAGUGGCCGCUCAUCUCGUCACCACGCGAGGAGCAGCCGCCACAAGAAGCGCCGCUCGCACUCGCACUCGCCGUCGCGAUCCCGGUCCCGAGACCGAUCUCGAGAUCGCGAUCGUGACAGGGACAGAGACAGGUCGCGCUCCCGGAACCGCGGCGGAAUCUUUGGCGGCGAGAGCGGCCACCGCAGGCACAGCAGCUCCAAGGGCUCGUUCUUUGGCCUGGGCGGCGGCAACAACAGCCGUUCCAGCCUGUUUGGAAGCAGCCGUCCCUCGUACUACAAACGCUCUCCUCGCGAGGGCUUCGUCCAGCGCUGCAUCAAGCAACUCAAGCGACUCCUCCGCGACCUGCAGCACUACGCCAAGCGCCACCCGUGGAAGGUCUUCUUCCUCGUCAUCCUGCCCCUCGUCACCGGAGGCGCCCUGACGGCCCUGCUGGCGCGCUUUGGCCUCCGCAUCCCGCCCUCGCUCGAGCGCAUGCUGGGCGUGGCCAAGCGCGCCGCAACAGGCGACCCCUUCAGCGCCGUCGGCGACGCUGUGCGCAUGGCCGGCGAGUAUGGCAACGGCAACGUCAACGCCAGCGGCAACGCCAUUGCCAAUGCCGCAGGACAGUCAUAUGUCAAUGCCGCUGGCCAGUCGUAUGCCCGCGGCUCUCGUGUCGAGCGCGGCCGCAGCGGCGACUUACAGUGGGAGCGCAAGGCCAGCUACUACGAUGAUCGCGGCCAAGAGGGCGGCAUGAUGGAUGGUUUCCGCAAGGGCGUGUCCAAGUUCUUCUCAUAG